AUGCGUCUCCACUCAGCGAUUUCUCUCCGAAACUUAUUCACCAGAAAGUCUCUCCGAAUCUCUCAGAGUUUUAGCAUUACAUCUUCUCCGGUACCCAUAAACUCGCUUGGCGAUGUCUCCGGUCAUCUCCGACCUCCAUCAUCGUCUCCCUAUUUGAACUCGAGUCUCUCACAAGCACCGUACCAAUCACUGAUAUUCCGGAUCCUAAACGCUUCAUCUCAAAGGAGAUACGGCACCGACUCUAGCGGCGCGCCAGAUGUGAACAAGGUAGUAGACGAGAUCAAUCUCAAAUUCGCUGAAGCGCGUGAGGAGAUCGAAAUGGCGAUGGAUGCGAAAGAGACUGUUUACUUCAACGAGGAAGCUGAGUGCGCGAGAAACGCCGUUUCGGAGGUUUUGGAGUUGUUCGAUGGUUUGCUCGAGAAAGUAACAGAGAAAGAGAAAGCUUCUUUGCAACGAUCCAUGGGGCUUAAGAUUGAACAGCUAAAAGCUGAACUUGAGCAGCUAAACGAAUGA